AUGUACUGGUACUCCGUCCCCGGCGCGGGCUUCCUCGCCGAGGGCAAGCAGGACGUCGUGGCGUGGAUCGGCGAUCUGUCCGUGGCGCUCCCCGCCACCGCCACCGUCCUGUACCUCUCCAUGUGCUACUUCGGCCCGAAGAUCAUGGCCAAGAGGGAGGCGUUCGAGCCGAAGGGGUUCAUGCUGGUGUACAACGCGUACCAGACCGUGUUCAACAUCAUCACCGUCGCCAUCUUCCUCGCUGAGCUCAACCGGCUGGGCGUGAAGGCGUGGGGCGGCCGCCUGUCGUGGUCCGAUCCCAACAGCUUCUACAUCUGCCUCGCCAUCUGGCUCCACUACAACAACAAGUACCUGGAGCUCCUCGACACCGUCUUCAUGGUGCUGCGCAAGAAGAACAACCAGCUCAGCUUCCUCCACAUCUACCACCACUGCCUCCUCAUCUGGGCGUGGUGGAUGGUGUGCUUCGUCAUCAAGAACAACGACUGCGUGGAUGCGUACUUUGGCGCCUGCAUGAACGCGGGGAUUCACGUCAUCAUGUACUCCUAUUACCUCAUGGCCGCGCUGAAGAUCAAGUGCCCGUGGAAGCAGUACAUCACGAUGGCGCAGAUGCUCCAGUUCGCCAUCGUCUUUGCGCACAGCUGCUACGUCAUCUACGACGGGCACUGCCCGGCGAUUCUGCCGUGGUCGCAGAUGUUCGUGAUGACCAACAUGCUGGUGCUGUUCGGGCAGUUCUACGUGCAGACGUACACGAAGAAGAAGGUGAAGGCCAAGUAA